UGAAUUUUUCAGAUGCCGUCAACUCCUGAAAAUGGUUAUUAGUUUCAGAACAAUAUCAAGAGUUGUGGAACUUUCCAAAUUGCUUGGGCGCCAUGGAUGGAAAGCAUGUAGCGCUACAAACGCCAAUAAACAGCGGCAGCGAAUACUAUAACUAUAAAUCACACUGUAGUAUUGUAUUAUUCGCUUUAGUUGACGCAAAUUACAAUUUUAUAUUUGCUGAUGCAGGCUGUCAGGGUCGAAUUUCUGAUGGAGGCCAAGAAGUCUACCAGGAAGGAAUCAGGAGGUGGAGUAUGUAUUUCUCGGAGAGCAUUUCCGUUGAGUAAGCAUAUUAUGAAGCCAUUCUCAGGAACCCAUCG